AUGCCAGAUAAACACUACAGAGAUUACCAGCAAGUUAUAAAGCUGAACGUCGGAGACAGAAUUCCACGCUCUCGACCCUCGCUUACCUCAGCUCCUUCUCCAGAUGAUUGUAUGCCAAUUUUGCCAAUGGUAGCAAUGGACUCAACAAAAGCCUCAGAUUAUAAGAUAGUCAAAAGGCGCAAGAUAGUGCGUACGAAGACUGGAUGCUUUUGUUGCCGUAAGAGAAAGAAGAAGUGUGAUGAGAUAAGGCCUAAGUGCUCGGGCUGCUCCAGAAAUUUCCUGGUCUGCACGUAUCCUUCGGAAGCGACACUAGAGAGUUCACAACAGAAAGCUAAUGGUAGUUCUGAUUGCCACAAGAAAAGACCCAAUUUCAUGAUAAUUCAAGAUGACCCUACGAAGCUGAUAACGAGAAACUAUAAUAGCUUUGUAAUCACAUCCAUCUCCUCCAACAGAUAUAUCCAGGAACGAAGUUCGGGGCCCGCUGCCCCCUUUCGAAGCAUAUCGAUCAAAUCUUUACUAAAUUGA